AUGCAUUCCACCGUAGUCUCAACAUUGGCCUUGGCUGCCGGUGCCUUUGCUGGCGUCAUAUCGCCGCGAGCAGGCGUGCAAUACUUCGGCGUCAACAUUGCAGGUUUUGACUUUGGCUGUGCCACCACGGGUGCAUGCAAUCUCUCGCAGACUCUUCCACCACUGGCGGAUCAGGGCGGUCCCGAUGGAAUCGGUCAGAUGCAACACUUUUCCAAGGAUGACGGUAUGAACAUCUUUCGGCUGCCUGUUGGCUGGCAGUACCUCGUCAACAGCACCCUUGGCGGUACCUUGAACACCAAUAACAUCAAUACCUAUGACAAAUUGGUUCAGGGGUGUCUCGCUACUGGCGCUGCAUGCAUCAUUGAUAUUCAUAACUAUGCCCGUUGGGACGGUCAGAUCAUCGACCAGGGCGGCCCAACAAACGACCAAUUUGCAAGCCUCUGGACCCAGCUGGCCACCAAGUAUGCCAGCGAGGAGAAGAUGAUUUUCGGUCUCAUGAACGAGCCGCAUGACGUCCCGGACAUCAACAAGUGGGCGGACAGCGUACAAGCUGCCGUUACUGCCAUUCGGGAGGCUGGUGCCAAGAACCAGAUGAUCCUGAUCCCCGGAAAUGACUGGACCUCGGCGCAGCAGAUGCCCACCAAGAGCGGCCCGGCCCUCCUCAAGGUCAAGAACCCAGACGGCAGCACAGACGGCAUCGUCUUUGAUGUGCACAAGUACCUUGACUCGGAUAACUCGGGCACCCACACCGAGUGCGUGACCGACAACAUUGACACCGCCUUUUCGCCCCUGGCCGACUGGCUGCGCACCAACAAGCGGCAGGCGCUGAACAGCGAGACCGGCGGCGGCAACACCGACUCGUGCGAAAAGUACCUGUGCCAGCAGAUUGACUUCCUAAACAAAAACUCGGACGUCUUCCUCGGAUAUACCGGCUGGUCAGCAGGCGCCUUCAGCCCCCGGACUUAUGAGCUCAGCGAGGUACCAACCAAGAACGGGGACACGUGGACGGAUAGCGCUCUCGUUAAGGCGUGCUUUAAGAACUCCUCGUAA